ACCUCUCUACAAAACUUUCUAACCUUCAACAUUAGCUCAAGCUUCAUAUAUACACUUGUGUUGAUCAAUAAUUCAAUAUUAAUCAGUAUCAUUAAUGGCUGGUAUGAGGGCAUUAGCUCUUGUUGCUUUGCUUCUUGCAAUUAAUGUUAUAGAAUCUGAAAGCAGAGCCGCAAGAAAGGACCUUGGAUUGGACCUUGGUGGGAUAGGAGUUGGGAUUGGUGCAGGAUUAGGAAUUGGGCUCGGUGGUGGAGGUGGUGCUGGCUCUGGUGCAGGUGCAGGCUCUGGCUCUGGCUCAUCUUCAAGUUCUGGUUCUGCUUCUUCUUCAGGGUCAGGGUCUUCUGGAGGAGCAGGUUCUGAAGCUGGUUCUUAUGCAGGAUCCCAUGCUGGGUCUAGAGCUGGGUCAGGGUCCUCUGGUGCAGGCUCUGAAGCUGGUUCUUCUGCAGGAUCUCAUGCUGGGUCAGGAUCUGGUGGUAAUGGAAACUGAUUAAAAUCAUGCAUAAUGUAAGUUAACUAUGGAUAAAUUAAGGUCAUGUGGAUCAUAAGAUGCCAUUGAUGUCAGUGCACUGAUUAAUAACAUAAAUUUUAAUUAGCAAAGAAAUAAAUUUGUCUAGCUAGCUAGCUCCUUAUGUUAUAAGUAUAUUGAGUACAGCAAGGAGUAAUGCAUGGUUCUCUCCUACUAUCUUCAAUAUGUAGUGUCUACAAGUGUUAUGUGCUUUUUAUUUUUUUGUCAAAGAAGUGUGUUGGAUGUUCAAAACUUGUAAUUGACUAAGUGCAUGUUGCUGUGUUACUGGUUUAUCCAGCAACAGUACUUCAACAAUAUUAAUUAAUGUUUUGUAUAA